AUGUUCAAGAUCGAUACCCAUCAUCACUUUGUGCCGCAGUUCUAUGCCGAAGCGGUCGAAAAUGCAGGAGGUGACCCCUCCGGCUGGCCAACUCCGAAAUGGAGCGCUGAAGCAUCACUGGCGUCUAUGAAUAAGAAUGGCACGCGGAAAGCGGUCUUGUCUUUAACAGCCCCUGGAGCUGUCAUCGCCCCAAACGACAACAGCCGUCGCACCUUAGCCCGACAGGUAAACGAACAUGCGGCCCAAUUGAGGGACGAGCAACCAGAGAGGUUCGGAUUCUUCGCGGCAUUGCCAUGUCUGCUAGACACCGAAGGCACACUCGAAGAAAUUCGUUACAGUCUAGACGUACUCAAGGCUGAAGGCGUAACCCUAUUUACUAGAUACGGCACCGGAAAUCACUAUCUAGGUCAUCCGGUCUUCCGCCCCAUCUGGGAGGAGCUCAACCGUCGCAAAGCCGUUGUGUUCAUCCACCCUACCCACCCGGCUGAUACCAACCGUGUUAACCCUCAGCUACCUCAACCAGCCAUUGAUUAUCCCCAUGAGACCACUCGCACUGCUGUGGACCUUCUUACUACAGGAACAAAGGCGGCCUUCCCUGACUGCAAAGUCAUCCUUUCUCACGCCGGUGGCACUCUCCCGUACCUGAUCUCCCGCUUGACUACCGUCACCAAAUUUCCAGAGGCGGAGUACAAACCCUUUGGUCGCGGCCCAGAGGAGAUGGUGGAAGACUUCAAGUCAUUCUAUUUUGAUUUGGCUCUGUCCAGCGCACCAGCUGUGCUGACUCUUCUACUGAGCCUUGUGCCUCAUGAUCACAUUAUAUAUGGCUCUGAUUUUCCUUACGCGAAUAGCAACAAGAUUGCUGGGUUCAAGGAGGCUCUGGACGAGUACCCUCUGGAUCAAGAUUUGAGGAACCGAAUUUACUAUGCAAAUGCUCAGAAACUUCUCGCUCGUCACUGAGCAGAUACAGUGACUCAGUUACUGGGAUUCGCGAAAUGCGAGAAAGCCUUGUAUAUAUCCUUACAUUCAUUAUAGUACAUAAAAUACUAACAAAAACCCAUCGCCUCCAUGUAAAUUCAGCAGCACAUCCUUGUUUGGUGGCUUAAAAAGUGACGAAAUGACCAAGCGACACACUUGUAGAGGAAUUGAAUGUAUCCCAAGCUGCACCUUCAGAGGCACAUAGCCUGAUUAUGAUUUUUCUCUAUUCAGUUAGGAGUUU